AUUUGCAUGCUAUGCGAAAAUAAAAUUGCAAGAUCUGCAUAGGAAGGGACACUACUCGGAACCCAAGUUGUAAAUAACGGAGACCUAGCGUCUCGUCAGGAGACUGACUUCACAAAGAAACAUUCGUUUUACAUUGUUUUUGUUGUUAAAACAUACUUCUGUAAGGAAAAUAUUUGUUGAAAGGCUUACUUAUAUUUAAAGCAUUGCAGAAAUUAAAAACCCAGUGAUGGAUACAGAAGUCCUAACCGAAGUGCCUGUGGUCUUAAAAAAGUUGGUGCGGAUGAUAGCUAGAGGAUUUUACACUAUGGAGCAUGCCAUAGUUGUUGACUUGCUUGUGAAGCAUCCAUGUAUCAAGGAGGAUGAUUUGGCUGACCUGCUCAAAUAUGAGAAAAAACAUCUACGUUCUUUACUAAACACAUUGAAAAAUGAAAAAUUUCUUAAGAGUCGGAUGCGAGUGGAAACAGAUGAAGAAGGUCGAACAACACGACAUAGCUAUUAUUUCAUUAGUUACAAUGUUUUUGUCAAUGUAGUAAAGUACAAGCUUGACCACAUACGCAAAAAAAUUGAACUGGAGGAGCGCACCACCAGCAGUAGAGCAAAUUUCAAAUGUCAAGCAUGUGGAAAAACCUUUACAGACUUUGAAAUAGGGCAGCUCCUUGACUACACGACAAAGCAACUUGUAUGUACAUUUUGUGAAGAGGAAGUAUUGGAGGAUGAAAGUUCUCUCCCAAGAGCGGACGCACGCACUUCUCUGGCUCGAUUCAACAGUCAAGUCAAACCCAUCUUUGAUUUGCUGCAAGAAUGUGAAGAAAUCAGACUUGCUCCAGAUUUGUUGGAGCCUGAGCCAACAGAUUUUAAGAAAAUGCAAAAAAAUCCAACUGGACCACAACAAAGAACAAAAGGUGAAAAUGGCAUAUGGAGUGGAGAUGCAUCGCGGAAUAUUGAAUUUGGUUAUAGUGACCAGUUUACUAUCACAGUAGAUGAUGACGUAGAUAAAAUGGCAGUAGAAAAGAAGGAAGUUCCAAUCUGGAUGCAAAAGAGUACUGUAGAUGGUGUCCCAAUGCUGGAUGGGCUUGACAGCCCUAGUCGUUUGAUUUCAAGCACGAUGGUGCCUAGUGAGGACAUCAUGCAGACAUUGCUAGUGCACGAGCCCAAAGCAGGGUCAUCGCGAUUGCCUGAUAAUGAGUCCAGUGAUGAAUCAGAGAGAGAUGGAUUUGGUGCAGGGACUGCUCCAGCAGGUGAUGAUGAAGAAAUGGAGAGCAAUGAGGAAGAUGAGGCUGUUCCCAUAGUUACCAUUGGUGACAAGCGAGUACCAUACCAUGAUGUCACAGAAGAUAUGGUGGCUCUUAUGACUCCACUAGAAAAAGAGGAGUACAUCAGAAUAGGACAAGAAAUCUAUGAGAACAUGUAUGAGUGAAAUUUGUUCAAAUACAGUUUAAAUGCAGCUGCAAACGAGAAACGAGUACAUUUAACUGGGCACAUUAUGAUUUCCUUAUGUGCUUAGUGUGAAAACAUUUUUCUCGCUAGGAACAGUGGAUUGUGCAUGCAUAUGUCGUGACAUGCAGGUGGUUGUGUUCUAGAUGUGCACAAGUUUUACACAUUUACAAAUCAAGGUGCCGUGAAUUUUCGUUGGUACCUGCUAGUCAUUUGUUGCUCCAUCCCAAGGCCUACUCUACAACGCUUCCAGAAUUCAAAUAUAAAGUUGAGCUCUUAAGCUGCUGGUAGGUCACCAGAGCAUUAGGGCACUCUCAUUAGUUUACCACAGAAAUGUGUUGUAAUUGUUUAAAAGUUUGAUUUGGGAGGUUAAUGUCCUAAGAAACUAGUUCUUGACCUUUGUUGCAAACAAGAAUUUUGAUCAAAGGCUUGAACAGCUAUUGGAAAAAUAUUUUGCACACAGAGUACCCUUUAAACCACAUAUGAGUACAUUCAGUAGGAACAGUAUGCUCCGCACUAAAUGUGGGCAUUGUAUAUGUCAUGAAAGAGCUAGUUCAGCUCCGCUUGCAUCUUAAUCAUUUGAUAGCAAGUUCACAAGUUUAGUGAUAGUUGGCAUCAAAGAAGACAAUACUCAGCCUUGAGGUAGAAACAUAUGCAGGGACAUUUCAAAUUCCUUUUUCUUUAGUUUCACAGAUAGAAUCAUUACUUGUGCAUUAAGCUGAAGUUUAACUCAUUCAAAUCCAUCGUAUCGACGCAAGUAAGGCGUAACUAUAAAAACAUUUGCAUCUGCGUAGCGAACAGUAUAGAAUUAAUACCACAUGUAUACCAACUGGAUUUUGAUGAACAACUGCCAUGAGAAAUGAAUUUGCUUUACAGACAGGGUGGUGCAUGUGUUUGUGGAUGUGCAAACAUACAUGCAUAAGCAAGAGGGAAGAUAUUGAGAUCUGUACAAAAAUUUUUAACUGUGAAUCUGAUGGGAUGAAAUAAAUAAUAUUUAUAUUUUC